AAUUUCUAAAACCAUUCAGAAAGAAAAUUGCCCUAUUAAGUUAUUGUUAUGGCUUCCAAGGCUUCUGCAUCUAUUGCUCUCUUCUUCUCACUCAACCUUCUCUUCUUUGCACUUGUGUCUGCUCAAUGUGGCCAUUGCCCCUCAAGGACGAAGCCCGGUACUAACCCAACUCCAAACCCCUUUAACCCAACUCCAAACCCAUUUAACCCUACUCCAAACCCCUUUAACCCAACUCCAAAUCCUAAUAACCCAACUCCAACCCCAGCUGCCAGGGGUAGAUGUCCUAGGGAUGCUCUGAAAUUAGGGGUAUGCCUCAAUUUGCUCAACGGCGUCGUCGGCGUAGUGAUUGGAACUCCUCCAACCGCCCCAUGCUGCACUCUCCUUCAAGGCCUUGCUGACCUUGAGGCUGCAAUCUGCCUUUGCACCACCAUCAGAGCUAAUUUAUUGGGUAUCAACCUCAAUAUCCCAGUUGCACUCAGCUUGCUUCUUAACACCUGUGGAAGGAGGCUCCCCACCGGAUUCCAAUGUUAAGCAAAAUUCCUCUUCUCUCUAUCUCGUUAUCCUUUGUGUGUUGUUUGGUUUCACAGAAAGUCAUGUGUCAGUGCCUCUAGUAGUUUAAGUGGAAUUGCUUGUUUCCUUACCAAGUUUUCUACAUUGUUGGUUUUAUGUGUUUUUUGGUUGAGUUAUUUGUAACAGUGAAAGGUAAUUUGUCUUC